GAAAAGACUAAAAUGAAGAGCUUCCUACUGACGGUAGCUCUCUGCGGAGCUCUCUGCGGCACUUGGCCUGUUGUUCAAGAAGCCCAGAACAUUGAAGAAAAGGACAUGGAGCUUGCUAAGAAAUACAUGGAAAAUUAUUAUCCUGAUUCAAGCCCGAUACCUGUUGUCAGAAGCAGAAGCAUAAAUAGCAUCCCAACAUAUAAAAUAAAACAAAUGCAGAAAUUCCUUGGGCUGAAAGUGACAGGCAAACUUGAUCCAAGCACUUUGAAAAUAAUAAGCAAACCCAGGUGCGGAGUUCCUGACAUCGGAGAAUUCAGCAUCUUUCCCCGUUCUCCUACAUGGGGAAAGAAACACCUAACGUAUCGCAUCCUGAACUACACACCAGAUAUGCAUCCUGCUGCAGUGAAUGAAGCAAUUGAGAGAGCUUGGAAAAUAUGGAGUGAUGUGACUCCCUUGACCUUCACACAAGUCUAUAACAUCCCUGCAGAUAUAGAUAUUUCUUUUGUUGAAGGAAAUCAUGGCGAUGGUUUUCCCUUUUAUGGCCCUGGUGGACAACUGGCUCAUGCCUUUUCUCCUGAGUAUGGUGGAGAUGCCCAUUUUGAUGAAGCAGAAUUUUGGUCAGAGGAUUUGAAAGGAACUAACCUCUUUCUUGUUGCUGCCCAUGAGUUUGGCCACUCCCUGGGUCUUCAGCAUUCCAAUGUUCAGGGGUCCCUGAUGUACCCCCAUUACCAACCUUGGGACCCCAGAUCCUUCAGCCUUCACACAGAUGACAUUGUAGGCAUCCAGUACCUUUAUGGAUCCCCUGAAGAUAGUGAAGGUUCAUCAGAAAAUAACGCGAUACCAACAAACAUUCCAACAGAAGCACCAUCAACAGACAUGUGUGACCCUCACCUAACGUUUGAUGCAGUCACUACUCUCCGAAGGGAAACUGUGUUCUUUAAAGACAGCUUCUUCUGGCGAAAGUUUCCCCAGAAACGAGAAAUAGAAAAAACUCCCAUUUCUGCUUUCUGGCCAGUGUUGAGCAGUGGUGUAGAUGCUGCCUAUGAAAAUGAAGAUGAUGACACAGUGUUUCUUUUCAAAGGAAAGAAGUAUUGGGCUGCCAAGGGAAGCAUCAUUCAGCCUGGAUUCCCAAAGAACAUCCACCACUUGGGCUUCCCCAGAACAGUUAAGAAAAUUGAUGCAGCUGCUCAUGACAUAUACUCAAAGAAAACAUACUUCUUUUCAGGCAACAGCUAUUGGAGGUAUGAUGAAGCCAAGCAUUCCAUGGAGAAAGGCUAUCCAAGGAAGAUAACAGUGGAUUUCCCUGAAAUUGGCCCCAACGUGGAUGCUGCCUUUCUAGAUUAUGGGCGCUUGUAUCUGUUCAGCGGCUCAGAUCAGUAUGAGUUUGACAGCCGAACCAGAAGAUUUUUGGGGGUAAAGAAGAGCAACAGCUGGUUAGGCUGCCAGUGA